GUGUGUGUGUGUGAGAGAGAGAGACAACGACAGGGAGACAAAGUGAGUGUGACUGUGAGAAAAAGGGGAAGACACAGCAGACACACAUGACACAAAAUGAGAGGGAGAAAGAGGAAGGGUCUGUGUGUGUGUGUGUGUGUGUGUGUUUUAGCUUUUGGCAAUAAAACCUCUAGAAGUAACAGUGACACAGGGGAACUUCACUCUGCAUGAACACACACACACACAUACACACAUAGAGCUCAUGAAGAUGCAUCUUCACUUCUGCCUCUGACCACUGAGACUGAAGCAGCUGACCUCAGAGCAGUGAUAUCAGUUCAACAUCUACAGCCACAUGAUGUUUGCCAACACCUCUGAGCUGAUCCACAUCAGCAAGUCUUCCAAGGAUGACCAGACAACAACAGUGGACAUUGAAGCCAUCAUGGACAACAUCAGCAUCAUCCUCUACACACUGACCGUGGUGCUCGGCAUCACAGGGAACUCUGUGGUGAUCUGGGUGGCUGGAUUCAGGCUCAAGCCGAAGGUCACCAAUGUGUGGCUGGUGAAUCUGGCGAUAGCAGACCUGAUCUUCUGCUUCACGCGAGUCUUCUCCCUCAUUAAGAAGCUCUUCUUUGACCACUGGCCAUUUGGUGUCUUCCUCUGCAAGUUCAACGGCUUCUUCAAAUACGGCAACAUGUUCUGCUCCGUCUUUCUUCUGGCUGUGAUCAGUCUGGACCGAGCGCUCUGCGUCUGGCAGCCUGUUCUCUCCAAACGACGGCGCACCCUUUGGGCUGCGAGGGUGGUGGCUGUGUGCGUCUGGACCGCAGCGAUCGCCUUCAGCACUCCGUACUUCGUCUACCGCCAAGUCUACCCAGGGAAGAACAACCUGAGUAAGUGCUCUUUGGAGGUGAAGGAAGCAACAGUGGGGGACAACAAAACCAAACUGGCUCUGUACUCCAUCCGCUUCAUGUGUGGCUUCAUGUUGCCGUUCAUGGUCAUCCUCAUCUGUUACAUCCUGGCCGGCGUUGGCAUCCGACGCACCCGUCUGUCAGGGAAAUCGCGCCCUCUUCGUGUGUUAGCAUCAUUAGUCAUCGCGUUCUUCCUGUGCUGGGCCCCGUACCACUGCCUCCUGCUGGUGAAGAUGGUGGACAGUAAGAACAAGGUGGUGAAGAUCUGGCACCCUGUGGCGAAGGGCAUCGCCUACUUUAACAGCUGUGUGAACCCGCUGCUGUACUUCUGCAUGGGGCUGGAUGUGAGGGGCCGGUUCAGGCAGAGUCUGGCGGGGGUGUACAAGAGAGCUCUGGCAGAUGACGUGGACGGACAGACGACUCAGUCCAACGAACGCUCUUUGGACGACAGCAGCGGGUCCAAACAUACUACUGUUGUGUCGGCAGGAAGGAUUCAGACAGCAGUGGAUGUAGCUAAAGUCUGAGUUUCUUCCAAUGAUCCCAAAGUGUAGAGGACCAUACAGGUGGUUUAUCAUGUUUUAACCACAGUGAUGUGGAAGUUUCCGUUAGAUGACAGUACAGAGUCAAAUGUAUUUCAGGGGAAACUGUAUAAGAUUGUAAAGUAUUUCUUUUAACUUUAUUUCAUUUUACUCUUUAACACAAACAUCACAUAUUGAAUUAACUGUUGUACACACUGAUAUGCUAUAUACCCAGAUUUUUCUGACAAUAGUAGAGUCCUGAAAAUGAAAGGCAAGUCAGUCUGUAUUGCACCUCUUAAUAGGGCAGUUUCAAAGUGCUUUAUACUUUGUCCUCUUUAUUAGAGUAUUCCAUGUUACUUCCACAUAAACCCAUCAGUGCAGUCACUCUCUAUAGGUAGCUUUUAGGACUUCUGGAAAACUGUGUGAAACAUUUACACAUAAUGAGCAAAGACGUGAAACUGCUGGUGCUUCUUUAAGCCUUUCUAAUGUAGUUUAAACCACUUAUUAAGUAUUAUUUCCUUCUCAGACAGAAGUCUUGUGCCUGCAUUUAAACAGUUAUCCUUAAAAUAAGUAGUAGCUUUGGAAACAUUUACUCAGUGUGGAACUGAAUUUUAUUUGUGCUUUGGACUGCUGACCUGAGAGUGAGGAGACUGACUGGAUGAAUGUUCUUUAAAUGAACAUGGCACAUGUUGAUACACUGAGGUCAGAUUUUCCUGUUGCGUUUAGAUGCUUGUGAUUUAAGUCACAGAUGAGAAGUGGAACUGUGUCGAGUCUGGAGGGAUAGGAAGGAAGGUACGAACAAGGGAAGUGAGACUAUUUCAAGGAAAUACAGCAAUAACUUGGUCAUGCCACUGUCUUGUCUAUAAAGGCCACAUCAAAGGUUAGAUAUAUUGAAACUGAACAGUCAGUUCAGAAACAGUCCAUUGCACUUCAAAUAAUUGCUCACAUGGUUUCUAUGUGUAAUCUCAUUUUCUAUCAUUAGGAAAACUCAGGAUGGUUUCAUUGGUUUGAGUGUGGCUUUAAACUCAAAGACAACUGAGCAGAGCAUCUCUGGCUUGUAUGGGACACAUGUACGACGACAAUAAAAUCAAGCUGAGAGGCUGGUCAGCCAGCACAAUGUACAUCAUUCCUUAGCAACCAGCUCAUAAAACACAGCUGUACUUACUCUGCAGAUUAUUUAUGCAUCACUUAGAUACAUGUCUGUCUGUUUAUCUUGAACUCACUGUUCUUAAAGUUUAUGAUGUUUCUGCACAGUUGUGUAUCAUAGCAGCAGUAACAUGUUAAAUAACAUCUAACAUCUAAGCUCACAGUGUUUCACUUUGAAACUCACUGCAAUUAUAAGCUUACUUUUUUUUGUAAAUUUCUGUAACAUUUCUAUAAUGUAAUAUUAUUUUGUAAAUACUGCUAGAUUGUUAUAGACAAAUUAAAAUAUGAAACUAUGUGGUCUGAAGCCACUGUGAAUUUCUUUCAAGUUGUAGGAACUUAAAACUGAGUUGAAACUGUUUAAUUGUGUAGAGGUGUCUAUAAAAACACCAAAAGCUUAUAUAAAUUUACCAGUACCUGUUGUAGUGUCUUUAAUGGUUUAAAAUUGAAAAAUAAAUGUUAAUUCUUGCCAAUGGA